UUGUGUUUUUUCCACUGCUAAACACAAGAGAGAGUGUGUAUGUGUGAGAUCUUUCAGUUGGUUUAAUCACACACAGGAUAAGAGAGUAUAAUAACAUAAUUAAGCUUUUAGUUAGGCUGUUGCUGCAUUUUUGUUUUGGUGUUGAGCAACUGGAGGUAGGCAGAAGUGAAAUGAAAUGAGGGAUGUUAUCAAGGCUGAUAAAUUUCCUGAAGGCCUGUUGGCGGCCAUCGUCGGAUCAUUCUGUGCAUGCUGGUUCGGAUGCAGCUGGACGACAAGAUGGACUUUUUUGGUAUAAGGAUAGUGGUCAACACUUGAUUGGUGAGUUCUCAAUGGCAGUUGUACAGGCUAAUAAUUUGCUGGAGGAUCAAAGCCAGAUCGAGUCGGGUUCAUUGAGCUUGCUUGAUUCUGGCCCCUAUGGAACGUUUGCUGGGAUAUAUGAUGGUCAUGGUGGACCGGAGACAUCACGGUAUAUCAAUGAUCACCUCUUUCAUAAUCUCAAGAGGUUUGCAGCAGAACAAAAUUCUAUGUCUGUAGAUGUAAUACGGAAAGCAUUUCAAGCUACAGAAGACGGAUUCUGUUCUGUGGUUGCAAAGCAAUGGCCAAUGAAACCACAGAUGGCUGCUGUGGGAUCUUGUUGUCUGGUAGUGGUGAUCUGUAAUGGUAUCCUGUAUGUGGCUAACCUUGGUGAUUCCCGAGCUGUUUUGGGAAGGCUUGUGAGGGCUACAGGGGAGGUUCUUGCUAUCCAGCUAUCAGCUGAGCAUAACGCAUGUUUCGAAUCUGUCAGACAGGAGUUGCAUUCAAUGCAUCCAGAUGACCCACAUAUAGUGGUUUUGAAGCAUAACGUAUGGCGUGUAAAGGGUCUGAUUCAGAUUUCGAGAUCUAUUGGUGAUAUAUACCUUAAAAAGCCUGAAUACAACAGGGAGCCGUUGUAUGCAAAGUUUCGGUUGCGUGAACCUUUUAAAAGGCCCAUAUUGAGCUCUGAUCCAUCAAUUACUGUUCAAGAACUCGAACCACAUGAUCAAUUUCUCAUAUUAGCUUCUGAUGGUCUCUGGGAACAUCUUUCCAAUCAAGAAGCAGUUGAUAUAGUACAAAAUAGCCCCCGAAGCGGAAGCGCUCGGAGGCUUGUCAAAACUGCAUUACAAGAAGCAGCAAAGAAAAGGGAGAUGAGGUAUUCUGAUCUGAAGAAGAUCGAUCGUGGUGUUAGGAGGCAUUUUCACGAUGAUAUCUCAGUCAUAGUUGUGUUUCUAGAUUCAGAUCUUGUAAGUAAGGCGAGCUCGUUGAGGGGCCCCUCUUUAUCUCUGAGAGGUGGUGGUAUGAACUUUCCAGCAAAAAGUUUGGCUCCCUGUGCUACUCCCAUAGAAGUUGGUACCACUUAAAAACUUUUUACUCUAUUGUAUACUCUGCUGUGUCCUCAAACUUCCUCGUGAGAGAUUCGAAAAAACAAUAGAAGGUACACUAAUUUAUUCUUUUGAUGUACAAUGUUAUAUUUAACAUGGAACAGGUACCUUGUUUAGUUUUCGAGCAGCAAAAGAAGAACGAAAGAAUUUACUGUA